AUGAAGGUGCUGACAUGCGGACAGAAGGCAAAAAAAUCUCUCUUCCACCUUCAUUUAGCAAGUACUGAAACAUUCCCUAAGGUCAAAGAUUUACUCGAUGGUCAUUUGUCCAAUAUAACUCUGCAAAAGUAUGGGGUGCUGGUCUGCGACAACCUCGCGCUCCCUUUCCGCGACGAAUGCUUCGACGCGGUGCUCUCGGUGGCCGUGGUCCACCACCUCGCCACCACGGAGCGCCGGGUGUCCGCCAUCCGGGAGCUGGCCCGAGUGCUCCGCAUUGGCGGCAGGCUCAUCAUCACUGUCUGGGCCAUGGAGCAGCGUCACCGAAAGUUCGAGUCCCAGGACGUGCUCGUGCCCUGGCACCGGCCGCAGCAGCUUAGCACGCCCUCCCUGGAGCUGACCUCCACGACCACCACCAGCGAGGAGGACCUGCACCCGCCCUACCACGCCUACACGCAGACCUCGGACUCGGACUCGUGCCGCUCGGCCAGCGGCGGGCAGCAGCGGCGGCGGCGGCACCGCGGCCACCACGGCCACGGUCGGUCCAUCGACACGGGCCGCGCCGUGUCCGCGUCGCACUCGUCCUCGUCGCUGUCCUCGCCGAAUGAGACCUGCUACUCGUUCGUGCGGCGCGCGCUGCAGAAGCUGGCGGGCAGCAAGCGGUCCGCGCCCUGGUUCCUGGAGUCGUGGGCGCAGCAGGGCGGGCUGCACAAGGACCCCGCGGGGCUGCGGCGCCACGAGCCCGAGGGCUGCGAGGACUGCAGCGACAUCCAGGACCUGCCCAUCGAGCUGCGCCGCCUGGAGGAGGACCUGGAGCCGGCGGCGGGCAGGGCGCAGGCGGGCGGGGGCGGCGCCCUCAGCCCCACGCACCACGGGGACAUGCUGCCGCUGCACCUCAAGUCCAAGAGCCUGAGCGACAUCCUGAGCUCGGAGCCGCAGCGCGGCAGCCCGUCCAAGUCGCUGGUGCGCUCGAGGUCCAGCGUGCCGAGCCUGGCGCUGGGGCUGGGCACGCUGCCCGGGCUGCCCAGCCUGCACGGCCUGCCCUCCCUGAGCGCCAGCCGGCCGCAGCAGCUCGGGGGGCUCGGGGAUUCGCAGCACUCGAGCUCCUCGAGCGUGUGCCUCAGCCACGGCUCCAAGCCGCGCCUCGUCAAGCAGAAGCAGUCCAUGUGCGAGGAGGAGGCCGAGGCCGAGGUCGAGCAAGAGGAGGCUGCCGGUGGCGACCAGCCCACCGACAUGAGGAACCUGGUGCGCGCGCUGCCCGACUUCAAGCGGCUGCACGGCGGCCACGUGAUGGGCCGCACGCCGCGCCUCAACGUCUUCAAGCAGAGCUCCAUGAACGAGGAGCUCAUGUCGACGGAGCGGCUGCGCGAGAAGGAGCGCGUCCGCCAGAACAUCCAGAAGCAGGCCUCGCUCAACGAGGAGCUCAUGUACCGCCACCGACCCGGGGCCGGCGCACCCGGCACCCUCGACUCGCUCAGGGACACGCUUUUCUCCGCCUCCACUGCGAAACGAUUCCAGUUGCUCAAAAUCGGACUGACCAGUAAGCUCAAGAGUUCCACGACCAACAUUGAGAAGGUGGCCGGGACAUCGCUCAAGAACGGCUUCGUACGCAUGCUCCAAGGCUGGAAGCAGGCAGGGGAGGCGUCGCCCAUGACUUCACCAGCGCCCAGCAGACAGGCGAGCUGCACAACCCCCAGUGUCAGCGGCUCGCUCACGCCCUCCACGCCGCCGCCGGACAUGAGCGGCUUCAAGAGGCCCUCCAGCGGCAGCAUCAACGGCGCCGACGACAUGAGGGCCAGGAGCUCGUCGGGCGGGUCGGAGGGCGGCCGCAGGCACUCGAGGGAGGACGGCUCCGAUUCGUCCAAGGACUCGAGUCUGCAGAGCGACACCAGCGUGGACUCGGAGGACAGCUUCGCGUCGGUCAUCUUCAUCCCCAAGGCGGACCAGUACAUGGGGCAGGACGCCCUGGGGCCCAAGACGCCGUCGCCCACGCUGUGCACGUCGGCGCCGGCUUCGCCGCAGCUGCCGCAGCCCACCUCGCCCAAGGUGCUGCUCUACUCCGGGCAGCACUCGCCCUCACCGCCGCAGCUGCCCAGCUCGCCCCGCCUGGGGCCCAUGGGGCCGCUCAGCCCUCUGCCGCUCAACGUGCCCCUGGGCGCCGUGCCCAGCGUGCCCUUGGUCCCCGUGCUACCGCCCGCCAGCUCGCGCGCCAAGGACCACGAAGGGCGCCUGCAGCAGAUCAAAGAGAUGCUCAUGUCCCGUCAGAAGACUGGUGGUGCGGGCCGCGGCAUGUUCCCGCUGGUGCGCCGUUCGUCGGGCAGCAUUCCCCGGCCCGCCCCGCCGCGUGCCGCGCCGCGCCUGCUCUCCCUGGAGCUGUUCAACCCCGAGACCGACGACGUGGACUCGGACUCGAGCGGCGUGUCCUCGCCCGACAGCGUGGACAGCGUCAUCAGCGUGGCCAACAACAACCGGAGCUCGGCGGGGUCCUCGGACGGAAGCGGCAAGCUAGCGACCACCCUCGUCCCGGACACGGCCGCCGCCGACCCCGAGGACUGCGGCCGGUCCGUGUCCAGGACGCCGUCGCCCGCCCCCGAGCGAAUGCUGGAGCCGCCCCCGGUGCCGCCGCGCAGUCAGUCCCCGCUGGAGACGCGGGCGGCGACCUUGGGGCCCGCCGGCGCGCGGCUCCAGUCGAACCUCUCCAUGUCCACGCCCGGCUCUCUCAGUCUCCUCGAGGCGGCCGCGGAUGUCGCCAACACGCUGGAGGAUGCUGUGGAAGCCGUAAUACAGGCCAGCCCCAGAGCCAAAAGGAGGCAAGUCAACCUGGACUCCGCCGAUCUGAGGGUAGCGCUUGAGAACGACCUGGCCAGGUCGAGCUGGAGUCUUCAGUUAAGUCCGGACAACUCACCCAAUCCAACGAAUAGGACCAAAUCCAGGAUGAAGGAGUCGGUGAGCAGGUUCUCGCUUCCGGGCAGUCUAGCGGCGGCCAGAGGGCAGGAGAACAACGUCUUCAAAUUCCCUCAGACCACCAACAUUGGCAAGUCGGACAGCCUGCGGUCCUGCCGGCGCGCGGACUCUGCGGGCCGGCUGCACGAGGGUCGCGAGGGCGUCGACUACUCGAGCUUGGGGGCCAUCCCCAGGCGCACGGACCCGGAGCAGCCCUUCACCACCAGGAUCACCGAGCCCGAGUCAGACCCUCUCUCCCUCACCGCCAUACCAGAAACACCGGAUCCCUUC